GUGUUUAUUAAUUAAAUAAUUAGCGUUCUAUUCACCAAAUAUAAAAGCAGACGACAGCUGUUUUCCUCAAAACCUGUUUCAACUUUUGUACCAUCAGUUCUUUUUGUAACCUACAAAUUCACAAUGAAGUUUCUCGUACUUUUUGCCUUAGUACUAUACUGCUCUUCGGAAGUUUUAGGAGGACCUUGUGAUGGUGUACAGUGCACUCCUCCAAACUGUGGACUUGGUGCUCGUCCAGUAGUGAAACCAGGUGAUUGUUGCGAUACUUGCCAAGGAUUCGGUAACCCAAAAUGUGUAGGUAUUCAAUGCGAUGUACCAAAGUGCGCUCCUGGAUCUGUAGUGAAGCUCAAAGAAAAUGCUUGUUGUCCCUCAUGCGAACCAUUCGGUAACCCACGAUGUGCCGGUAUCCAAUGCGGUGUUCCACUCUGCCCAGCAGGCACAGUUUUAAGACUUGUGUCUGGAGAUUGUUGUCCUUCCUGCCAACCAGCCCGCUAACUCAUAAUAAAUCAAGGAAAUAUUGUAUCGAUCAGAAACAAUGACUUACAGCAAAUGAAAAUAAACUAAUGAAUUAUGACUAAACUCAA